UAUCAACUACUCGCGCUUCGCUGGAGCUCGGCGUGCGUUUUUUUUUUUUUUUUCCCAUAGCUUCUGAGAGUUUUUGGAAAGAGGGUGGCUGCCAUUUUUUAAUCUUCUUUGUCCGUGAUCGGUUUAGCUUGGCUUUGCUGUAAGGAGGAGAGCAUCAGAACUGAGCUUAACCUCGUUGGUUGUGUCAGCGUGGAAGAUUCAUCUUAACGUGCGGUCGGUCUGACGAAAAGGCAUCUCUGAAGAUAUCGGCUUGAUUCUUUGGUGGAGAUAUCGAUUCUCCUAGAACAAGACAAUCUGAUGCCUUGUUUUCCUUCAUUUUUCAAGCGCAGCAGAGCUUGCUUAGUUAAACUAAGAGGAGAGGUCGAUGACGAGGUUUCGGGAAUUCAAAAUACAAAAUUGUUCAAGUAUAAAGACUUGGUCAAAGCAACCGAAGAUUUUAGUCGAUCCAACAAAAUUGGUCAUGGGGGUUUUGGUUCUGUAUACAAGGGUGAACUUGAAGAUGGUACCUUGGUUGCCGUGAAGGUAUUAUCGGCUGAGUCGAGUCAAGGAGUGCGGGAGUUCUUGACAGAGAUAAACAUGAUUGCAAAUAUAGAGCAUCCUAACCUAGUUAAGUUGCACGGUUGCUGUGUGGAAGGACAGCAUAGGAUCCUGGUAUACGGUUAUCUUGAGAAAAAUAGCCUCGCUCAAACACUUCUUGGCGGUUCCAACAGUGGCAUCCAAUUUCAAUGGCCUGCACGACGUAAGAUUUGCAUAGGCGUGGCGAUGGGGCUAGCAUUCCUCCAUGAGGAAGUCCAACCACCGAUUAUCCAUAGAGAUAUAAAAGCAAGCAAUAUCCUGCUAGAUCGUCAGCUGGAGCCCAUAAUUUCAGAUUUUGGUCUUGCGAAACUUUUUCCAAGCAACAUGACUCAUAUCAGCACCCGUGUUGCCGGAACAGUGGGUUAUCUGGCACCAGAGUAUGCAAUGCGAGGUCAGUUGACAAAUAAAGCAGAUAUAUACAGUUUCGGCGUACUGCUUUUGGAAAUUGUUAGUGGGAGAUGCAACACAAACCGUAAAUUACCGGCUGAAGAACGAUAUCUUCUUGAUGUGGCAUGGAAGCUGCACGAGAAAGGGGAGCUAAUGAGCUUAGUGGACGCAUCUCUGGAUGGGGAAGAUCAUAGGGAAGAGGCAUGCUUAUACAUGAAGAUCGGUCUUCUAUGCGCACAGGGUUUAUCAAGGCUUCGUCCAUCCAUGUCAACUGUCGUGAAGAUGCUAACGGGCUUUGCUGAGGUUAAUGACAGUGAGAUAUCGAGACCUGGGUCACUUACAAAUUUCUUGAAUAUAAUUGCUGAAGAAGGUCCAAAAGGUCACCCAAAGGAUUCAUCUUCCACUGCAUCUGGGGAGUCAAGCGGGCCAGAAAAAUCAUCUCUGUGGUCGAAAGACAUGCCUAGCUCAUGUGCUACAAUGACCUUCAAUUCUAUUUAUGAUAGGAGCAUUUAAAGUGCGAUGUAGAUUUUGCACGUAAAUGUAGAAUAGAUAUUUGAGAAACUUUAUUGUGCUAAGUUCCGCUGUACAUAGUAUUCUGGCUUGGGUAGGUAUUCCGAGUUGCCUCGUCUUUUUCGAAACUUCUGCGCUUCUUAAACGGGCUUUAUUUGUAAUGUCUAACUUCAGAAAUUAGCUGUCAAGCUUCAAUUUCGAAGAAGAGCAAGUGUUGGAAAUAGUAUUUUUUUUUCCUGA